AUGCCGUUUCGUAGUAGUGCCGAGAAGCGACCAGGCCGCGUGGAGCAAGCCUUCCGGGACGCACGCCAUCUGUGGCUCGACGAGCCCAUAAUCAACAAGUGGAAGCGUGACCCAGACAGCAUCCGCGCCGUUUUCGAGCAGGUCGACGCGCUAUAUGAGCACUGCGCGGGGCGGCCGCCGGGGGCGUUCUCGCCGGGCUCUGACGCGCUGUGGCGGGCGACGGCGACGGUGGUGCGCGACACGGGGCUGGCGUGGGUGAGCAACAACCUCAACCUGCCGGCUGACAUCGACCGCAGCUGGCCGUUCCACUUCAAGGAGUACGAGCGGCAGGCGAUCCAGGCCAAGGGCGAACGCGCAUCCCACGACACCGCCGCGGGCUACAUCUGUCACUGGGUCGAGGCCAACCAGUACGGCAUCCGCGCCGUCCAGCAGGAGCUGCUGCGCCACCACGAGCCUGCCAGCCAGCCGCUGCUCGCCGCGGGCUUUCUCGAGCACGACGUCGUGGAAACGGCCGCCAUCAUGUUUGGCGGGCUUGACGCGGUGCGGUUUGCAGGGGGGUUCGCCGACCCUGCCGCGCUCGACACGCUGCUCCAGAGGUCGAGCGGCGGUCGCCAGCCCGUCAUCUUGUGCGUCACGCUGGGCAACUCGCGCGGCCAGUACGACGACCUUGCGGCCGUGCGCCGGCUGGUGCAGGCCCCGGGGUUGAGGGUGUUCCUGCACGUCGAUGCCUCGCGCACGUUCGACUACGUGACCACGCUGGCGCCCGCGACGCGCAAGCAGCUCGGCAUCCCGCGGCUGGUGCUGCGUGACCCUUUCCAGCCUGAUGUUGUAACCCAAGACGGCGAGGAGGAGGAGGAUGACGAUGACGACGACGACGACGACGACGACGUCAUUGCCGCGGCAACGAUCGUGGCCGGCGGGACCAACUCGGACUCGCCGCACCUGGCCGCGGUGCUCAAGCCGGGCAGCUUCGGCGGGACACCUUCG